GUAUCCAGUCCACAAGAUAUCAAUAUUGCUUCUGCUUCUUCCACGGAGCAACUUAUCGAACUGCAGCCCUCUGAUGAGGCGGUUGCUCAUAUAGUAACAUUUGUCUUGAAAGGGGCCCAGACGACUUCAUACUCCCCUUUAAAUACCCAUAUAAGAGCUCGUGCUCUCAGAAUUACAGAAACUGUGAAAAUAUUGGUAGUUGAUCUAGAACCAUGCACAGAGUAUAUCUUUAGCGUUUACUCCGUAGCUGAAAAUGGAGUUUCUAAUAAUCCAAUAAAAGUCAAAGGAAAGACACGUAAGACACUUGUGAUUGGCUCAUUGAGUCUUGAUUUUUAA